AUGCCCACAGAAGAAAAAGCGACAGUGAGCCCCACAAAUCGCUUCGCUACUCAACAUCCUGGCGAUGACGUAUCGAGUUGGCUUCGGCGACCCUACACGCGGACGAUCUCGAAGGAGAUCCGCACGACACUGCAGCUGCAACGCUCCUUCGAGGAUAUACGAGAGCAGUGGCGGGAUCUAUGCGAGACUUACACGCACGCAAGGGUGGAGUCUUCCUCCUGUCGCAUACGGCAGGCGGGCGAGGCGGUCCUUCCACAUGGCACUCGCGGUGUGGUAGAUCGCCUGAUGAGUCAGUUGAAGUCUGUGAAGCAGGAGUUGCUUGCGCAUCUCUCGAGGCUCUCUGGCGCACUCACCGUGCUCUCUGUAUCGCUACCGACAGAAACCUCGGCGCCCCCGUUGCCUGCCUGGGUGAGCGACCUGAUGGAGUGCAGCGAUCCGCUCAACGCGCGUACGGUUCGCGUGGCGCAGAACUCGGAAGCGAUGCAAAGUUACCUGCAGGCGAUUUGGCUGGCGCGGCGAGUGUGGGUGUGGUCGCUCUGCUUUGCGAGCGUCACGAUGGACCUAGAGCUGCUGUCGGGCAGUGUCAGUGUCGCCGCGGAGCUCUUUUUUGGGAAUGCCUUCGCCACAGCCAUAGUCAUAGCCCCAGAGCGAAAUGGGGUUGAUCAUGUGAAGAGCGAUGGGCUUCUUCUCCACAGCACCUACGACAUAGGUGGCGCCAUUUCAGAGAGGCUCCUUUAUGCGACUGUAGCAGCAGCAGCGUCAGCGUCCUCUGAGAGCGGAACAGGCAACGCGAUUUCCUGCUUUGAUGAUAUCGAUUCGCCACCGCACAUCUUGGCCAAACUGGAUGAUGAGGCGUGCGAAGUGGCUGCCUUCUUUGGCUGCAGUGUCUCGUGGGCAAAGUGUGCUGGCGACCCCGUAGGAGGAGCAUACUCGAUGCAUGUGGACCCACACACGGUGGCGGUGGCGUGUGACGACCCUACCCCUUUGUCAAAGACGUGUGGAGCAGCGCCGGUACGCGACAUCUUUUGGGUGCAAGCUGCUGCGCUGUGCUACAGCGCCAUUGUCUGCGACGACGCAGCCACCACACGUCUGCUUGCGGUAUUUGAGGCGGCGAAGGACUCCUUUCCUGUGGAGGAAGCGGAGAGGUUCGCGCAGGGGGAUUUAGAUGCACCCCUGACCGCUGCAAAAGUGCCCGAUCAGGCGAACCCGCCGCGGCAGCCUCCAGCGCUACAGAGCGCCACCGUAGUUGUGCUGCUCGCGGCGAAGCUCCUCGUUGACGAGGACUUCAACGCUCUUCAGCAGCUUCUUCGCCGUGCUGGAUUCGACGGCGGCGAUGAUAGCCGCCCUGCGAAUGAGCAGGACUGCCCGAGAUCGUCGCUGGCAACACUGUGCCCACAGGGUGUUCUUCUGGGUUUCCUAAUUCGCCUUUUGGUAGAGCACGUCGUGCGAAGACGAUGGACAGAGCAUAGGCUGGGGCAGGCUUUUCGACCCACCGAACCGUUCGAUAUCGGCGCUGGUGACGCCGUGGCGGGGUCAGGUGAAGCGAAGACUUCUACUCGACAUCGGCUGGCGUGUGCGCUGGCAAAUGGUGUGUCACCUUUGGCGACUAUGGAGCCUGACCACCUCGACGACCUCACAACCACUCCGACACUCUUCCACGGGACAAAACACCUCUGCAACGCUUUGCAGAUGUCCACACUGCACAACAUGGGCGGCGACUGGCCACUGCCUCCAGCACUGCUGAGGGGCGUCUUUGCGUAG